AGUGCUUUCUCGGUUUCCUUGAAAGAACCUUUGUCGAUUUAUGUAGAAGGGAUUACUGCCAAAAAUCGUUUCAAAAUUGAACAAGGAAAGAAAGAAGCUUCUCUUGACAAGUUAUUCCACUCACUCACUCACUCUGUUUCAUUCUCCUUGAAUAAGGACACCCGAAAUGAAUCUUCUUGUUCUGUUCCUGUUGCCCAUUUGGUUUCUAAGCAUUUCUCUUUCAUCAGCAAUUCUUCACACUGCAUCCCCCAUUUCUGUUUCUCAAUAUUCUGCAAAUGCACAAGCUGAAUCUCCAGGAAUGCAGGUUGUUAGAAUAGUUCACCACCAGAACUUGAAUAAGAGAAUUCUGGUAGCACUGAUUGUUUGUUCUUCUUUUCUUGGUGGAACCUUCCUAUUCUUAUCAUAUGUCUGGUUCUGUCGACAUAAAAACUUAUGGAGCUCAAGUAGUAAAAGCCAAGGAAUCAUGGAGGUUGCAAAAGGGGAAGCCUUAAGUUCUGUUAAUGCUAAACUUAACUACUCAAAGAUGGCAGAUAAGAACAGUUCAGUUGCUAUUUUCGACUUUCAGUUGUUAGAGUCUGCAACGAACAACUUUUGCAAAAGUAAUAUUAUGGGAGAGACUGGUUCUAGAAUUGUUUACAGAGCUCGUUUUGAUGAACAUUUUGAGGUAGCUGUGAAGAAAGCAGAUAGUGAUGCUGAUAGAGAAUUUGAGAAUGAGGUGAGUUGGUUGAGCAAGAUACGGCAUCAGAAUAUCAUAAAACUUCUGGGUUAUUGUAUUCAUGGUGAAUCGAGGUUUCUUGUUUAUGAAUUGAUGGAGAAUGGAUCCCUGGAAACUCAAUUGCAUGGGCCUAAUAUCAGAUCAUCUUUAAGUUGGUAUCUCCGUUUAAGAAUUGCAGUUGAUGUUGCCAGAGCAUUAGAAUAUCUCCACGAGCACUGCAAUCCUCCUGUGGUUCAUAGAGACCUAAAAUCUUCUAAUGUUCUUCUGGAUUCUAACUUUAAUGCCAAGCUAUCAGAUUUUGGACUUGCUAUAUCUUCUGGGGUGCAACACAAGAACAUGAAGAUGUCGGGAACUUUGGGAUAUGUGGCACCUGAGUACAUAUCACAUGGUAAACUAACUGAUAAGAGCGAUGUCUAUGCUUUUGGGGUUGUGCUUCUAGAACUUCUAACCGGAAGAAAACCCAUGGAGAACAUGUCCUCAAACCAAUAUCAAUCCCUCGUUUCAUGGGCCAUGCCUCAGCUAACUGACAGAACGAAGCUUCCAAGUAUUCUGGAUCCUUUUAUCAGAAACACAAUGGAUUUGAAGCAUUUAUAUCAGGUUGCUGCUGUGGCUGUACUUUGUGUGCAACCAGAACCAAGUUAUAGGCCACUAAUAACAGAUGUCCUGCAUUCCCUCAUCCCUUUGGUACCAGUUGAGCUUGGAGGGUCACUCAGAGCUACAGAACCAGUUCGCUCAGAGAACUUAAACUGAUUUCAGAAAAUUGUGUUUUCAUAUUAUUGCAAAGAGGAAUAUAUAAUUGUUGUCAUCCUUUUCCAGAUGGUCUUUCUUUUGUGCCUUAUAUGUAACUUGCAUGAUUAUGA